AUGGACUGGAGCUCCUACGAAUCGGACCCCCUGGAGGUCCCGCCCCUCACGCCCACCAGUAAGGAGGUGCUGAGCCAGGCGGUGAGCGCUACAUUUCAGGGCUUUGACCAGGAGAGGAAGGACCGACACAUCCAACAAGAUCCUCAUCUUUGGUCCCUGUGGGAAGUCAACCAUUGGCUGGACUGGUGUCUGGCCGAGUUUGGCCUCCAAUGCCUGGGUCUGAAUUUACGAGGCAUGCAGGGGAGCGAGCUGUGUGAACUGGACAGGGAGACGUUCCUGGGCCUGACCUCGGACUGUACCGCCGGAGAGAUACUGUGGGAGCACCUGGAGACGAUGCAGAGAGACUACUAUGCAGAGUAUGUUGAGCAUCAGAGUGGCCACCUGCAGUACAGUGAUGCUCACGUGGACCAAGCCCAGCAUCUCCACACCCUGGAGCCUGCAGGGUCCGUGCAACACGACGACUGUUUCUCAUUCAACGCCAGUGGACCUUGUAGAAGCACUACCCCACCGCCACAGAAGGCUGGGGAACCCAGAGAGACGGAUUCAGAAGCGGACAUGAUCCACUAUGAGGACGCUGACAUCACCGGCUCGCUGUCCUGGACCACCCAGAUCCAGGAGACGGACCCCUUUGUCUUGCCGCAGCACCACAGAGGCUUCAAAGAGUUCAUGGGCAACAUGACCGACGUGGGUGGGGCCAUGAUACCAGCGGCCAUCCUGGCUGGCUACACAGGCAGUGGCCCCAUUCAACUCUGGCAGUUCCUCCUGGAGCUCCUGACCGACCGCAGCUGCCAGUCCUGCAUAAGCUGGACGGGCAACGGCUGGGAGUUCAAGCUGACCGACCCCGAUGAGGUAGCCCUGCUGUGGGGCCGCAGGAAGAACAAGCCCAAGAUGAACUACGAGAAGCUGAGCCGCGGCCUGCGCUACUACUACGACAAGAACAUCAUCCACAAGACGGCGGGCAAGCGCUACGUCUACCGCUUCGUGUGCAACCUGCAGGGCCUGUUGGGCUACGAGCCCGGGGAGCUACACGCCCUGCUGGACGUCAGCGCCAAGAACCAAGACUGAGCGUCGGGACGAGGUACUGCGGACGGUGGGCAUCGAACCCACAAGUCUUUCAGCCGGGCACUGCGUUCAUACCCCCCCCCUCACCCCCCUCCAUCCACUAUCAUGUAUAUGUAUGUAUAUUUUUCUCUAAUUGUAAAUUAUUACUGAUUUAAACAGUGAAAAUGGUCCAAUCAUCUGUUGACAAAUGGAAGAGGAUAUUCUGUUGUUAGUGGACAGAGGGCGGCUCAGGGCCACAGCUGAUUAAAAAUGCUUUUUUUGUACAUCCAGGGGAAUUUAGCUAGUUCCUCUACUCUUAACUAGACUCUUGCACUCCUGUCCAUGGAGACUGGUUUCAUUCAGGCCGUUUUGUUGACAAUGAUUGGGCAUUGUGCCUAAUAUACUGCCACCCUCUAACAUACCUAUUUGAACAGUACAUGUAAGCAUGGGGCAUUGAGUCCGAUUUUAUACGUACAAUACUGCAAUUGAAGUGGUAGCCAAUGCCAUCGUGAAACCUAGUUUUGUUUAUUAAUGUGGCGUUCCUGGACCUUAAAUAAAUUGAUAACGCAAAAAUCGUAGUACUCGUUGUUAAUCGUAAUACUUCAUUAAAUUAUGUUUCAUCAGAAAUAUUGCACCACUAGAUUGCAAGUGUUCAUUGGUCUGGAAUAAUGUAUUAUGUUCUUGCACACACAUACACACACUCACUCAAUGUUCCAUCCACCCACACUGCAUCUUAUGUUUCAUUAGCUGCAUGGCGAACCGGCCAUGGGGGGUAAAAGUGGUGGAAAUAAUCCCCUUCACACAAUGUGCAUGGUCUCUCACACUGCACUUCACACGUCUAACCUUUUCAUUUGACGUAAUCAUGGGGUCUCUGCCUGUUACUCAUGAAACAGUCAAUCAUGAAGGAUGCCAUUCUAAAUGACAUGCUCGGAAUAACACACAAUAUUAAUGUUCUCUCUUGUACAUUUGAAUACUGUUUUUGUUUGCACCCCUCUCAGCUGUAUAAUAAAACAAGUAUACUUCUAACGUAACUAAAGUUUUUAAUUUCACAUUCAGUGGGGAGUACUUGUAAAAAUGGUUGACAUCCAUUCAGUUGAUUAUUGAGGACUCUCACUCAAAACGGGAGCCUCAAAAUGACAGUUGGAGAACAUUGGUACACUUAUCAGCACAUUUGUGGGGACAGGGAAAUGUGUCCGGCGACGCGGGGGGGGCAAUCGAUAGCCUCAUAAGCCUUCCCCGUACCCAGUAAACACAAGGUCAGUGGAGGAAGGGAGAGAGCUUCUAAUGUGUCCCUUCUGAACCCCAUGAAGACCUCAAGGCAGGUGGUCCGUCUGUGAGUGGUCCGUUGUUUACGCUUGAUGUGCAGACCUGCGUCGCCCCUUUUAUGCGAGGUUCGCCACACACCAGCCUAGCCUAAUGUGGACUUAUGCAGGGCCUCUGCCCUCCGCUCCAGGGGAUAAAUGUGUGUUUUGUGAGUGGGAGUGUUUGGAGCAUUUGAAUAUUGAAUUAGUAAUGUAUAUUUGAACUCUGGCGCGUCAAGACAAGGGAGUAAUAAAGGGAAUUAAACAGUGAGCGUAAUGGUGGCAUAUGACGUCAUGGUGCUUACUGCAUUCAUUAUUUUGAUACAAGACACACCCAAAUAUAUAGAUACAAAUAAACACGUGUUCAAUAUAAGCAUUGUUUCUACGAUGUUAUAAAACGGCUAUUAUGGCUCAGA